GGCCCCAGGUGGUGGUGACCUCUGGCGCCAGGUGGAGCUGCCAGGUGGCGACAGUGGCGCCACAGUAGAUGGGGUACACUGCAGGGCUCACCACCCUCUGCUCACCACAUAUAAACACACAGCCCGACGCUGCUGGCGUUCUUCAUUUGUUGUGAUACGAGUGUGUGUCGAGUCUUCACCACGGUCCUGACACUAAUCCAGAAGAUCCUCCACAUCCUAAAGUCCCCAGGAGGGCCCCUGCAGCCUCCUGAUCCAGGAUGUGAGGAUCGUUCUGGGGUGUUUGAGUUGACCCCUGGGGCCUCUUGGGCCUUCUGGGAGAACCUCACCUCCCGGGGCCGCAGCAGACAACCCACCAGGUCUGCUCCCCCACCACCUCGCUCAUCCUCAACUGGUCGCGUGUGUCGAGGACCCCCGGAGAGUGUCAGAGCCUCCAGGUCCUUUUCCAACAGUCCCGUCUUCCGUCGGUGUGUGUGGGCGUCUCCCAGCCUGCCAGAGGCGCAACAGGAGGCUUCAUCACUCUCACCGUGUGGUCGGCGAGGCUCCCCACCUUUUCUUGUGUAUUACCUUGACGAUAAUCCCGAUAGUUCACCUCCAGAAGUUUCUGAUUUCCUCUCUGACGAAUCCUCAUCCUGCCCCAGGUCCUCCCCCGCCCUAGAAAUGCCUCUGCCAGCCACCAAAUCUCCGUCGGUGAGCUUCGACGUCCAGCCCAGGCCAGGACCCGAGAGUGUACUGUCCCACGGCGUCCAUCAGUCUCCGCUGCCCUCACCGCCCGGCUCCAGGACUUCCACGCCCACGGGUUAUCGCACGCCCACCGGCUACCAGACCUCGGCCCCGUCCUCGCUAGAGGGCUCACCCAUCCCACGCAGGAAGUGUCGCCCAACGAAAACCUCUACUUCUAGGAAGGAGGAGGACGCCGCGGAGAUGGUGGAAGUAAGUGGGAGUGAGACGGGAAAAGGUGGACUCACUUGGCGGUCACGGAAGGAGGCUCCCAACCAGCGUGCGGUGCCUCCCUGGGCAGAGCCUGACGCUCAGCCACCCCCGCCGCCCUCACAACUCUAUGCCAACCUCACACCGCCAACCUCACGCAGGACUAUGAAGCCAGCCUCACCCCUCUCCUCGGCCACGGACACCAACCCCACGCCCAAACACUUCAACAUACCGACGGCCGGAGCCAGCCCGGUCAUGGUACGCAGGUCCCUCUUCCGCACAGAAAGCCCCGCCAGGGCCAAAUCCGUUGACUCCCUUACCCGUUCAGUCCCCUGGGCUGAACGUAAGCUCCGGGCUACCCCAAGGACCGACUCGCCAUCCAGGGCCGCGUCUAAGACCGAGGCACCGUCCUGGGCCAUUCCAAGAACAGACGCACCAACUCAGCAGGCAGCCAGGACAGAGGGAGCACCCAGUUCAGCUCCAGCACAGCAAAAGGCAGCACCCAGUCCAGCUUCAGUACAGCAACGGGCAGCACCCAGUCCAGCUCCAGCACAGCAACAGGCAGCACCCAGUCCAGCUCCAGCACAGCAACAGGCAGCACCCAGUCCAGCUCCAGCACAGCAACGGGCAGCACCCAGUCCAGCUCCAGCACAGCAACGGGCAGCACCCAGUCCAGCUCCAGCACAGCAACAGGCAGCACCCAGUCCAGCUCCAGCACAGCAACAGGCAGCCAGGACAGAAAAACAACCCCAGUCGGUUCCCAAAAUGUACACACCAUCCCAGGCUACCCCCGGGAGGGACGUCCCGCUACAGAAAGGUUCUAGCAGCAAAGCGUCGUUUCGCAGUGAGGCCAUGUCGUCUUCGUUCUCUCAUGAGAUGUCUGUGAGUGAGAAGGUAACGGUGUCAUCGCGUCACCAAAGUGAGGUGAUGACGCGCACCUCACACGCAACAACUGACUCAUCAGCCACACAAUGUACACCCCGGGACCCUCCAUGGGGUGUUCAUGGGGGACGAGACACCGGAGGUGGCACUCAGCCCCAGAGUAAGGCCGGGCAGGGUGCCAGUAAGGGUCAGGGAGCGCCUCGCCCACAGACCCAUAGUCAGGCCACGGGCCAGAUGACCCACCGCCCACACGGGAGCUCAGACGCGCCCCGGCACUCACCCGGGAUGAUGGUCAGCGCCAAAGCUGCUACCGAGGGUCAAUCCGCCCCUGGGAACUUAACACAGGAGCAGAGUUCUCCCACACCCUGGCGUAAAACUGUCAGCCAAGUGGCGGGUGCCAAGGCCGCCCCCUCCCAGCAGCCAUCACACAAGGAUGAUGCCAGUGUUGCUUCUGGUAGUGCAGAACCCAGCGCUGCCUCUCCUGCUUCUAGAGAGGGACAAGUGCCCAAUCAGACCCUUCAUCAGGGGCCCCAACAAGCCCCUUGGAGAAGAACGACAGGUACCGUGGAACAAGCGCCUGCUGUCACGCAGGCCAGCCCAGAACCUAAUAAGUCAGAACCUAAUAAGUCUCACGUGACGGGGAGUGAUAAGCACAAAAAGGAAACUGUCUUGCAGGCAAGCAGCGCCGCUCAGGUGGCCGAUUCUCAGCCCAGCUGGCGCAAACAGAACUACAAGAGCCGCCAAGCAGCAGCAUCAACUGCUGCUGCUGCGCCUACUCAGCCUCCUGCAUCCACUACCCCUCUGGGCAAAACUUCCCAACAAGUCACUGUCACGCCUGCCUCCAAUGCUACCACUGUAAACAAAUCUAUUGUCACUGCUCCUGCAGGAAAAUCCACAUCGCUUACCCCUGCUGUACACAAACCUGCCUCUCCUGUCCCUUCAGCUGCAGACAAGCCUGCCUCUCCUGUCCCACCAGCUGCAAACAAACCUGCCUCUCCUGUUCCUCCUGCAAACAAGCCUGUCUCUCCUGCAAACAAACCUGUCUCUCCUACCCCUCCUGCAAACAAGCCUGUCUCUCCUGUCCCUCCUGCAAACAAACCUGUUUCUCCUGUCCCUCCUGCAAACAAGCCUGCCUUUCCACUCUCUAUCACUACAAGCAAACUUGGAUCUCCUGUCCAUGUGCUAAGCAAAUCCGUUACUUCUCUCCCUGCUGCUACCAGUCCAAUCCCCACUGCGGUCAGCCCUGUCCCUAUUGCAAUCGGUCCUGCCCCUGUAGUGCCAAGUGCCGGAGGCCUUCCCAUAUCAGCACCAAGUCCGCCUCAAGUCAGCGGGGCGGCGGAGACCCUGGAGGUGGCCGCAGCUGAGGCCCAAGUUUGUGGCAACAUAGAAGCCAGGCGGGCCACCAGCCAGCCGCUAGCACCUCCCCACACCACCACCCACUCACCAACACCGCCCCUCCCACCCAAACAAACCGCCGCAGCCAUCGUCAGCGCCCCGACAGUGCCACAAGCUCCCAAACCAGCAGUCAGUCCCGUACAGCCCAUUCCGUCCGCUCCUGUAACUGUACAGCCAUCCUUGGCAGCACAGCCAACCCUAGCCCCUGCAUCUGGGUUGUUAACAGUUGCACCAACACCUACUACAGCCCUGAUUGCCUCAUGUGUGACAGAGACCAGUCCAAGUGAGAUCGCGGCCACAACUGUCACCACACCACAACACGCCAUGCCAAUCCCAACACCACCACCAGUGCCAGACGCUAAAUUUCUGAAAAGUGGAGGCCAGAUAUUAACCUCAUCCUCUGUGACUGCCACCCAAGGAAUAAGUCCUGCUACUGCCCAGAAACACACGGCCAUAUCUAGUCAACUAGAAGAAUCACCCAAGGAACCGGCAACAGGGAUGAAGCCCCCGCAGCCUGAAUUCCCGCCUCCACCUCCCGUGGAUCAAAUUGAAGUGCUUCCAGGAUCUAGUGAACUUGACCCCGGGCUUCCACCACCCCCAAGUUUCACACAGGAGGAAAGAGCUGCCUCGUCCUUGGGGAUCACGACGCGGCUUCAAGAUCUGGUUGAACAAGAAGGGGAGAAUUUACCCUCGCCUGAGUACGUGCGAGAGUCGGUAACGAAACGCAUCAAGGCCUUCGAAAAGCAGGCGUCUAAAGAAGAGGAACCUCCUAUAGUUGAACGUCAAGUGCCUGUUGCUAGACCCGUGGCACCCUGGGUGAAGAAAACUUCCUCGGGACUCGUCCACCAGGAUCGGUACUGGGAUAUGACCUCCCCAGAAGAGCCUGACGUCAUCUGGCCAUCACCUCCUCCACCGCAGCAGAAAGAAACCGAAAGAACGAAAUCACCCUCGAUUCCCGCUCCGUCCAGCUCACCCCUGAAGGCACCCUCGGCCAUCCCCGUAGCUCCCCCACCCAAGGCUGCCGCUCCAGCAGUGACACCGGGGCCAAAGGUCAGCCCCCUCCCCGUGACCGCCUCUAAGGUUGUCCCCCCACGCGUUCGACCCCGCCUACCCCGGGAGAGGUCCGUCUCCGUCGGCGAUUACCACGCCCACUACAUCACCCCCGACGAACUUCCGCUUGUCAAGAUGCCUGCUGAAGGUGCCACAACUGACUCCUCCCCUGAACAUGGAAAAACUGCCCCAGUUAAAGGUGAUCCUCCAUUUGACCCAUGGUGUGACCCCAAGAAUCCUAGGGUCAUUAGCUUCCAGGAUGUGAGUGCUGCUGCCUUCAAGAUCAAAUCUGGGAUCAUGAACACUCCAUGUACCAAGUCCCACAUGUCCAGCUUCACUGACAUGGAAAUAUUCUUCAAGAAAGAGUUCAACCAGUACACUGGCAGCUUUAAGGAGCGUGGAGCUAGGUACACACUCUUGAUGUUGUCAGAGGAACAACAGAAGAAGGGAGUCAUUGCUGCUUCAGCAGGCAACCAUGCUCUUGCCCUUUCCUACCAUGGCCAAGACCUGGGCAUUCCCGUCACAGUGGUGAUGCCCCUGGUGGCUCCCAUCAUGAAGGUGCAGGCCUGCAGGCAGUAUGGUGCCAACAUCAUCGUUAAGGGGAAUGACAUCGGUGAAUGUCGCGAGUAUGCCCUCAAGAUUGCCCAGGAGCAGGGUCUCCUCUACAUAAAUGGAUAUGACCAUCCACACAUCCUGGCAGGUCAAGGCACCAUGGGGCUAGAGAUAGUGGAGCAGGUGCCUAACAUUGAUGCUGUGGUUAUUCCAGUUGGUGGUGGUGGCCUUAUUGCUGGUGUGGCACUGGCUGUCAAGGCUCUUUAUCCACACGUCCAAGUCAUUGGUGUGGAAUCAGAAAAAUGUGCCAGCUUCAGUGCUGCCAUGAAGGCUGGAAGACCUGUUUAUGUGAAAGCCGAGUCCACACUGGCUGAUGGUUUGGCUGUUCCCAUGGUUGGCAUCAAUGCCUUUGCUACUGCUUCCAAGCUGGUCGAUAAGGUUGUGACAGUGAGGGAGGAAUGGAUAGCCAUCUCCAUCUUACGCUUAGUUGAGUGUGAGAAAGCAGUUGUUGAGGGUGCAGGAGCCACAGCCCUUGCUGCUAUUCUUGCUGGGGAACUGCCGGAACUCAAGGGAAAGAGAGUGGUGAUCCCCCUGUGUGGAGGCAACAUUGACACAACAGUAUUGGGUCGCUGUUUGGAGCGUGGUCUUGCCGCAGAUGGCCGUCUUGUCAAGUUCACUGUCACUGUCAGUGAUAGACCCGGAGGAAUCGCUGAGUUAACACGGCUGUUGGCAAACCUGGGCGUCUCCAUUAAGGAUAUGGUUCAUGAAAGAGCGUGGAUCAGGAGUGACAUCUUCAGUGUAGAGGUAAAAGUAAUGGCAGAAACUAAGGACUAUGAUCAUUGGCUGGAGCUCAAAGCAGCCCUUCAGUUACGUUAUGAGAGGGUCCGCUUUGCCAUGCCUCACCUGAUCCACGAUGACUCCACCUUGUAGUGGUGCACUGCUGCUGCAUCAUGUUGCAUUCCACCACUUCAGCAAAGUGUUAGCAAGCUGUUCUACUCUAUUAUUUUAAUAAACUUUUGACUGAUAAACUCCAUAUCUUAAACAAAGCUGCACUAUACUGAAAAAUGCCAUGACAGGAGUUGUCAGUUUGUUGCAUGAGAGGAAGUUAAAGACAAGACAUAAUGCUCCAAAAUUAUACCUGUUACAGAACAAGCAGGUACUGUACUCUCUUCUUAUCCUCCAUUAGUUGAAACUAAAUUUAUAGAAGCCACUCUUUUGUUUUCAAAGUAGUGUAUACCUGUAUACUGUACUGUACAUAAGGUUUUCCAGAUUUACUUUUUUGAUUGAAUUAUUUUUAUUUUAUUUUUUUCAAAUGGUUAUAAUUUAGAUAAAAAUACUGUACUUCCUUUGGAGUAAAGCAAAUUGAAGAGCACCAAGUUUGUGCUGUACUAUUGAGUGUCUGUAUGUACUGGCAGGACCAUUGCAGCACAGAUAUUCAUGUGUACAGUGUGCCACUAUCAGAUAACUAUGAUAUAAUUAUUUAUCCCCCUUUUCCUAAUUGUAACAUCAAGGACAAUCAUUAUAGUAACUGUUCCGGCCAAAUCUACUGUGUGAUAUUACAGAAUUUUCAUUGAUGGCUUCUAAGUUGGCCUUUUAUGGGCAGAAUUAAUGCAUGGAUAAUAUUAUAACACUGUAUAUACAUAUACAGUAGUAGCUCAUUCAGAUACACAGUAAAUACUGUCUAGUCUGGGAGCUUACUAAUAAAUCACCUAAAUAUUAAAUUUAAAAAAAAAAAAAAAAA